AUGGCAUUUACUCUGUGGUUCCCGUCCAUGAGAGGCAUUGCUGCUGCUCAAGGAGAGGAGGCGACGAAGGUUGCAAUCGAGCAAGUGGCUGAAGGGCUGGCGCUAUUGGAGGAUGCCUUUGAGAAGACUAGCAAAGGAAAGGAUUUCUUCAGUGGAGACAAAAUCGGGUACCUUGACAUUGCAUUUGGGUGCUUCUUGGGGUGGCUCAGAAUGACAGAGAAGAUGAAUGGGGUCAAACUGCUGGACGAAACAAAGACACCAGGGCUGGCCAAAUGGGCUCACAAGUUUUGUGCAGAUGCUGCUGUGAAAUAUGUUAUGCCUGAGACUGAGAAGCUUGCCGAGGUUGCUAAGAUUAUUACGGCCAAAUUGAGAGGUGCAGGUGCUCCCCCGAAGUAAU